AUGAAGAGCAACGGGGAAGGAGAGAGAGAAGAGAAAGAUGUGAAGUGGAUGGAUUUUACUCAGGAUGUGAUAGUCCAAGAAAGACCCCAAGAAUCUGACUGCAAGAAUGUAAACCAUGAUCGCUGCAAGUGCAAAAAGAUAAAGCCAACCCUAGCAACUUACCUGACCAGGAACUACAGCUACAUUAUUCAUGCUAAAGUAAAGGAAGUGGAAAGAAGGAGCUGCAAUGAAGUAACGACAGUGGUUGAAGUGAAAGACAUACUGAAGUCCUCAACACCUAUCCCUCGGUCACAAGUGCCUCUUAUUACGAAUUCAUCCUGCCAGUGUCCACCUCUUCAACCAAAGCAAGAUGUCCUGAUCAUGUGUUAUGAAUGGCGUUCCAGGCUGAUGCUUCUUGAUGGCUGUUUAGUUGAAAAAUGGAAAGAUCAGCUAAAUAAAAGAUUCAAGAGGUGGGAACAGAGAUUGCAAGAACAAAAGCUGCGAACAGCCCAGAAUAAAAAUCAAAACGCUGGACGCAGUGGUCGGAGUGGUCCACCAAAACUCGCCACCAAAAUCACUAGCCCAGUGCUUGGAGUCCCCAAAAAGACGAAUAAAAUUAGAAAUGACCAGAAAGAAACAAACCCUAAAAAAGUAUGAGCAAUACAUUUCCUAGAGGAAAGACUUUCUUGCAUGAUGAAGAUCACAAGCUGGCUUGAGUGGCAAGUGUAUUAUCUCAGAACUCAUCAGCCUAAAAAUACAAUGCAGUAUUCUGCAUACAUUUUUGCUGCACUUUAAUUUUCCAAGUUUGCUUUUCAUUUAAAGCCACUGCAAGCCAUAGAUUAUAGGUUUGCACUAAUGUGUGUAGGCAUCUUAAAGCUGAUUGAUCAAGUUUAUCUUUCUCAGAGUAUUUGAAUGCAUAGUUUACUAAUAAGCAUCUGGAUAUGCACAGUGAUUUUUUUUUGUGCACAAGAAAUAUGCUUACACUGUUAGUAUUUGAAUUGAGUGUAUUUGUGUAGCAAAAACAUGUGGAAAUCAAAUGUAAUUUUUUAUCAUACUUCAGGCUGGCUUCUGUCGUUAUAAAAUUUAUAUUUAAACAUCUAGAUGAAAAUCAAUGUUUUUUAAGAACAAAUUAAAGUGAAGCAGAACAGUAGAAUGUUCAAAUAUGACAUUCACAUUUGCCAUUUGCUGGAAUGGGCUCUUCUAUGAAAAGUGAUUUUAAAAAAUGGGAAGGAAAACAUGCAAUUCUAAACAUUGCACACAACUACUCUAUAGUCCUGCUAUUUAAAAAUUUUUUUUACCACCAGAGAUCUGAUUUUAAGUCUUGCUCUGAUUACAGAAGAAAAUGAAAAUUGCUUGCUUGUUCCUAUUCUUAAGCCCCUCAAUUAGCUACUAAGCAGAAUUCUGAAAAACUGGAAGGCAAUCUAGGAAGAGUUGAUGGAACUAUCUAGGUUCUGUAUUGGUUAAAUUCUAGGCAAAUUUAAUUAAGUACUGGUUAAAUACUUUGCCGGGGCAGGACUUUAAGUAGUAGUAAAUAGAGUAUAAAUUAUACUGGCACAACUCUGAGCUACAAUGUAUACUACUCCUGCUUGCAUUCUUCUUGGCACUUCUUGGCACUACUAGCACUUCUGCCCUAGUGCUAGUAGGGCAGUUUUUGUUUGUUAAUACCCAUUUAACUCUAUUGCACAAUGAAGAUUUGGCUGAAAAAAUGUUCUUGUUAAAGGCUCAAUACUCCUGACCUGGUUAAGUUAUGAGAGUUCACAGUACACAUCUUAGAGACCCACAUUUUUUUAUGGCAAAACCAAGACAGAUCAGACUUGACAUUCCUGAUAUUUCUGAUUUUUUGUUUUUAAAGAAUAACAAUAACAACAAAAACACUGUUCUGCAAACAAGCAAGCAGGCAAGCUUUAAGGUUAACCUAAAUAACAUGUUUCAUCAUGCCAAAACUAGCAUAUUGAUCUAAAUUACUGAAAUAAUCCUAAUAAGAGUUGUGUGUGUGUAUACAAGGAAAGAAUUGGUUGCAUUAAUUUGUUAAUACAAAAUGUUCUAACACUACCACCAGCAUUUUGAAAGAGAAGGCAUAAUUUCCUGGGGAAAAAAAAUUGGUUAAAUGACUGAAUCAAGAGGAUAGAUGCAUUUCAGAAGGAUGGCUGUAAUACAACAUGCAAUAUAAUACUGAAAAAUAUUAAACCACUUUAUGGUUGGACAAUUUAAGAACUCUUGACGUCAAGAGUACCCAACACCUAAAAGCUACUAGACUUCUUAACCAAAAAGAAAAAAAAAACCCCUGUCUAGGUAUAAUUUAGUAUACAACAAAGGCAAGAUGCCCAAGACAAUCAAAUAAUACCUAACUAGACCAUUUAUUUCCAUAGCCAUGCAUCAAAAUGCCAAUAGGUUCACUUUGCUUGCUGGCAGGCUCAUUAACAUUUUUAGGCUUUUAUGUUUGCAGUUUCCACCUACAAUAGAUGUGGACACACCUAUAGAAAUGCAGCAAUGACAAACUCUAGCCAUAAUGUUGAAGUAUAGGCAUCUUAAUUUAGCCGACUCCUGCCAUCAGCUGUUUAAAUAUGGGAGUACAUUACUAUGGAAUAUCUAUAAAAUUAGCCCUAAUUCCACAUUAGACACUUGGUGGACUCUCUUAAAAUAAAACUUAAAUGGAUUUCAUUGGGAACUGUAUGUGUUCAGCAUCUCUGAAAAAUCAGGUCAAACAGGUAGAUGCCUAAAUAUAGAUUAUGGCUGAAAUCUCGAACCAAUGAAGUAUAUGGCAAAACUCUCACUGACAUCAAGAAGGCAGGAUUUCACCAUAAGUAAUAAAUUAAACAUCUGAAUUUGAAAAUGUUGACUCAAAUAAACAUAAAGCAAAAUUACAAUAUUUUAUAAAAACUUCUAAAAUAAGAUUUUACUGUGUAUUGGAGUUCUAAAUUUUCAUACUAUUCACAGAUUAAGCCCUACAAAAACCAAGUAAGUUAAUAUAAGUUUAACUAUUAAAAAGGAUUUUUAAUAGUCUUAAUGUUACAUUGUUGAAAUGGCAAAUUUUGACAUUCUAAUACUUCACUUUAACAAGCUUUAUUGUGAGCAUAUAGUAUGUUGUUUGUUGAAUGAAACUGCUGGAACAGCUAUUUAGAAAUGAUAGCAGCAGAACAUAUUAUUUUAUAUCUGUUAAAAUCAAACUUUUAUCAAUAGCUUUUUUGAUAUUAAAGUGUAAAAAAAUUUCUACAUAGAAUUUGCACCGUUCCUUCAUACUGUACAUUACCAUCAUUCAGCAUUCCACUGUAUGGGAAUAAAUGUUGAUG